AUGGCGUCCCAGACUCCUCAGAAAAGCAUGUCUUCCAGGCUACUGACUAUGAAGUUCAUGCAGAGAGCCGCUGCUUCUCCCUCCUCCAACCCGACUACACCCACUUCCGACGAGCAGUCAUCCAAGCGAAGGAAGGUAUCGCACAAUUCUACCGUGCAGCAGGAUGUAGAGUCGCUCGUAAACCAGAAAGCCAUCCAAGCUGCAAUUGCCGAAGACGAGAGGAAACGUGAGGAGGCACUGCUGAAGCAUGCGACAGAGUCUGGAGACGGCCGAUGGGUGUUGAACGUUCCUGAGAAUGCCACAGGUUCACGGCCUACGAUUCAAGCACCGCUCAACGUUGUUCAAGUCGGCUAUGCUCAGAUCGACUCUGCCAAUGCCUCAGGCCAUGACACCGAAUCAACCGAUGUCUCGCAAAAUAAUGUGCAGGCCUUCCGACGAACACAGGCGCCAAAAGUCAGCAGACCCGAUAGCGAUGACUCCAGCUCCGAUUCCGGUUCCGAUUCCGAUUCUGACGCAUCCUCUUCCGAAGAAGCUUCAGGGCGGCAGUCGUAUGGGAAGAGCCCACAGACACCGGCCGCCGCGAUUCGCAACAGCACAAGUCGGAAACCCUUUUUAGACAAGAGAAGUGCUGAGCGUGCCAAAGGCCUGCAGUUCGCAGAGAAACGAAGAAAAAAGGAGGUCAAGUUGAAUACUCUGUCGUCCCUAUCUUCUAGAGGCGGGUCGGGGUCCAUUUCCUCGGGUGGGAACUCUACUCGACCACCUAUUGCAAAAGCGGCGCGAAACGGCAAGGGCACUGAAGCACAUGUGAACCACUUCUCUCCCUUUGAUCAUAGGCUGGUUGACGCAUGGUGGCAAACCCACCUUAUGGUGAAUCCAACUCUCGAUGACUUCAGCGAGAACCACAGGCUUAGGAGCUAA